AUGAAAGCCGUGUCUCUGGGUGUUAUUCUUGUGACUGCGGCGGUGCAGAUGGCCUCUGCUCUCCCUGCCCCCGCCUCCCAAAACGCUCGCGAAGAGAACACCAAGGACUUCCCCGUGCAGUAUUGGGACAAGAGGGAGGAAGCCACCAAGGACUUCCCCGUGCAGUACUGGGAUAAGAGGGAGGAAGCUACCAAGGACUUCCCUGUGCAGUACUGGGACAAGCGCGAGGAAGCCACCAAGGACUUUCCCGUGCAGUAUUGGGAUAAGAGGGAGGAAGCUACCAAGGACUUUCCUGUGCAGUAUUGGGAUAAGAGGGAGGAAGCCACCCAGGACUUCCCCGUGCAGUACUGGGACAAGAGGUAG